AUGGCCAACACUAUUAGGAUGCCGCUCAUUGUGGCCGUUGCAAUUGUGUGGAUUGCCGUGCCGACUACUGUGUCAGCGACGACGAAAGCUUCAUCAAUGCCGGCGGCACGGACGUCGGGUACGGACAACGGCGCCCAGACAGCCAUUUACAGCAGUUAUGCCCACAACAUGGCACCAGGCACGGCGCAGUACGAUAAUCGGUGGCUGCCGUUGGGAGAGCAGAGAACCUCCAUGUUGCAUCGCUACGCCUUAAACUAUGAUGCGGCGGCAGCAGGGGAGCGGCGCAGCUACAGUAGCGAUUCCUCUGGUUUUAGCGGACAUAGCAGCCUGGGCGGACUAGGAGCCGUGCUUAAUGGGCUCACAAAUCUCUCGGGCAUGGGACACAUUAGCAACGGCUACGGCUCAGUGGCGCCCACGCACACCGAAGCUUUAGCAGCAGCCUCGUCAAAACAAGAGAUACCAAUUUAUGAGGAGCAGCAUGAGGACGCGGCCGUAGCGGCGGUGGCGGCAACAGCCCACGAUUACGGCAAUACAGGGGCAGGUCAAAGCGGUUACGGCGGUGGUGGUGAACACAUCCAGCAGCACUCAACUGCGGGCCUCCACUCAGCGAUUUACAAUUUUCCAGCAGCGGCUGGAGAGCACGCGGAUGCCUUUCUGCCGUCAUUUGGCGGAGCAGAGCAAGGCUCAUGGGCGCCUUCAUCUGCUCAGCAAUACAAGAAAGUGGUGGGAUAUCAGCCGGAACAGGCGGGCAACCAUUACGCCUAUGACAAAAUGUCAGUGGGAAAUUAUCUGAAUUCAGGCUACGAAGCAUUUCAGCAGCAUCACGCUGAGGAGCAGCACCAUCAACAGCAGCAGCAGCAACAACAGCAGCAGCAACUGGAACACGUGUCCUAUUUCACACCUCAUGAAGGUGCGGCGUCAGCGACAGGAUCGGGCUCCUCAGCAAGCGGACCAAGUGAUUACGAACAGCACGACGACGGCGAGGAGCAGAGCUCCAAUUUUCUGGCCGAAUCAAGUGGCCACGAGGAAAGUCACGCGCAUUCACAUCAGUCACAUCACCAUGUGGAUAUUAUCAACUAUGUGCCUGUGAAGCAUGUUAAGAAGCAGCACGUGCCCGUCGAGAAAACUGUCAAAAUACCCAUCUCGCAUGCUGUUAUCAUUCCGAUCAAGAAGCCAGUUCCAAUCCACAUACCCAUCACCAAGCAAGUACAAGUGGCUGUCGAGAAGGAGCUGAAAGUGCCGGUAGAGCGCAUCGUGCCGGUGCCAGUGGAAAAGCACAUCCCAGUGCCUGUAGAAAAGCGAGUACCAUACACGGUCGUCAAGUAUUUGCCCAUCAAGGUGCCCAAGCCAUUCCCUGUCAAAGUGCCGGUCUUUAAGACAAUCCUGCAUAAGGUCAAAGGCUGGUGGUAAUAACAGCUGCACUCUUCACAUAAGC